CAACAACGCUGGUGCCGCCACAGCUAACGUUAGCUAAUCCCGUUUGUUUUCAUCGGAAAAAUGCUCUUUUUGUACAAUUAACGUAUAAAACAAGAUGAUGUGACUUAACGGCAACUAUAGCAGCGUUUAUGUUUGUUGCACACGGCACACUUAUGAGAAUACAGGACCCUUCAGAGCGAACUCCCAGAGAUGUGAACCUUGUGACAGUUGAAGGUGUCUUCUCACAAAGAGACAAUGCAAGUGUUGCCUAUCUGGGAGCUUUCCAUCCCUCUGCCAGCGGUGCUGAUGAUCACUCUGGGUCUCUACAUGAUCCUCCUCGGGGUCGGGCUGUGGAUCCGAUUCUGCCUCAAGGACCGUUGUUCUGCAGACUGUGGGGGCUGCUCUCCGAACAUCUCUCUCUGUGAGCACUGCUUCAGAUUUGCAGAAAUGUGUGACUGUCGCCUGCCGACCGUUCGCUCAUGUUGGUCCGUUCCGUGUCCUUCUCCUUCGUGUGUGAAAUGGGACUGUGCCUGCACCUGUCAGCCUCCGGAGUGUGAGUCCUGUAACUGCCUCUGCUUUGAGAUCAGGAUCAAGUAGAAGAGCAGGAUGGAGCUGCUCCCAUCAGCUGGACGACACCUACUCCAGCUUUCUAAACUGUGUCUUUAUGAAGAGAGUUCACAGAGGAAUGACUCGACCAGGACUGACCUUUCCCCUUUAAUAAAAGACUGUAAACGGGUUUGUUGCCGUUUUUAAAUGUGCUGAACAGAGCAGGCUCUCACGUGUUGAAGCCUGAGUCAAAGUAUUCAGUCUGCUCUGGUUCACCAUCUUUAAAGAGGACAGUUUCCAUAUCUAUAGCAAUAUAUAUUGUGAUCAAUUAACCAGACGGGAAAUGUUUAGUUUUUUUGGCUGGUCUAGUAAAUGAAGAACCUGAUAAAUCAAAGUACUUCAUCACAUUGAUGUAAUGUUUCAAACACCAGGAGAUAUUAGAAAUACCAUAGUUCAUUAUGGACGCUCCCUUUAACAGGCUUAUUCACAUAUUAUCUAAAAUAUAUAUGUAAACAGUCCAACAUGGUUGAAGCCGCUGUACUUUCUCUAAUGUUAUCCAACUUACAGAAAGAAGUGCAUUUGUUGAGAACACAAUACUCUUGUAUUCAAUCCCCUCAGUGUGAACACGAGAGGCCUUUUGUCUGAUCUCUGGAACAGGAAGUGGACCUGCUUCUGUUGCUCUCUGAUGUUGGAUGUGUCUUAUAUUAAAGCUUGAAGCUGUAGACUCUCGUUACUUUCUGUUCUCAUUGUCAAAAGAUCUGCAGAGACAAACCAACGUGUUUGUCCGUCUCUCAAUACCGUCUGACUUCCUGUCUGUGGCUCUUAGCUCCAAAUGGUUCCGGCUACAUCUUAAAGAUGGAAAAACAAACAAAUGUUUUAUUUCAUUUUGAACAAAAGUCUCAGUAAUCUCCUCAAACAGCUGGUCACCGUGUCAAACAUCAGGAGGAAAUAGUGCUGUUGGGGACUAUUUUCAGCAGCGGAUUGAUCCACAUUUGGUGCUCUAGCAGUGAGUAUCUGGGGCAGGAGGCGGGGUUUGUUUUAGCAUUACUUCAUUGUUAGUUUGUGUUCUUUUCAUGGAAUUUAUUGACUAAAAUAAAAUAUAGAAUAUCUAUAGACUUAUACUUUAAUGUGAAUACAUGUUGAACAUGUUGUAAUGGUGUACUCUACCAGGUGAGCAGCUCAUACUUCUGUUUUUCAAAGUUUUAAAUGAAACAUCACUGAACAUAAAGGACGACGGCAUUAGUUUCAGCUCAGUGUUCCUAAUAAACUGACCACUGAGUGUCUGAAGCUGUAAACAUACCAGAAAAAAAACACAAACAUUUUCUCUGCAUGUCUUUUAAUUUUGAUGAUAUUAACCAAAACAAUUAAAGACCAAUAUUCAUAGUCUGUCAUCAGAAAUAAAAGGUGUGCUCGCAGCAUGAAGAGGAAGACGAGGACGCUCACUUCAUUUCAAAAGGUUUUUGUGACAAAAAGACAAAACAGAUUAAGUGCUUUCACAUUUAAAGGACACAAGAGUUUCACGGCAAGACUCGUCAUUUAGUGUUCAAACCAAAUAAUUAUGCGUUUAAAGUGCAGCUGAAGUAUUUUCUGUCGAGCAAAUACUGUUUGUGAUAGAUUUUGACAUUAAGGGGCAGAAGCUCCCUGAUGAUAUGAGGUAGAUGCUCUUCAGAUCUACAACAUAUAAAAGACUUGAUGACAGUGAAUCACUGUAAUCAGUAAGAACCAUCUUAGUGUUUUAUGUCAAAGAGAAAUGGUCCUUUGAGAGCACGUGUCAGAUAUUAUGCCCUAAAAUGAGGAUUUGAUCCAUAAUUAAUGGCACUUAGGUCAUUUUGUUCUGUAAAUGGAUGAGAUAUUCAUCAGCAGGUACAAAUGAUAUAUUACAAAGAUUUCGCACAUUUCUUCAUUGUAUUGAUUUAAACAUAAUAAUAAUAAUAAAACAGUUCUUAUGGUCCCCGUAGCUUCCAAAACCUACUAGAAUACAUAUUAAUAUUAGUUUGAUCAGUGCGGCUUCAAGGAACUCUUCAUUUCAGACCAGAAUGUCUCGGUAGAACAAACAGGAAGUGGAGCUUUCAGCUGCUUCCUGUCUUCAUGUAUACAGUGUACAGUACAGAGUAGUGGCGUCGGCUGGAGGUUACUGUCCUUCAAAGUAAAGUUUUAAUGUUCCCUUUGAACCAAAACACGCUACAUUAUCUUCAGGACCAUUAUCUCCAUCAUUGCACUGUCCUUUAGAAUCCAUUCAUAUUUCUCUCAUUCCUGCACAAAGCUCUCCAGCUCUUUCAUUUUAAACGCAUAUAUUGCACAUAUUAUUUAUAGUAUUUUUCUAUUUACAAUACAUUUCUGGACUUGUGCAGUAUUUGGCUUUAUUUUUAUUCUUUCUUAUACGUUUACUGUUAUGCACCAAACAAAAAAGGAGAAUUCCUCAGAUUGAUGCAGAAACACGAUCCAAUCAUCUUGUAUAAUUAUUAUCUCAUCCUGGUGCUCUGGUACAUUUAAAAGAAAACAUAUUGAGUUAAAAUCUCUGGUUUCUAUUGUUAAUAUCCAGGGCUGACUUGAGUUAAUAAUGUCAGAUUUUCCUUUAAAUAAAUCUCUGUUAUGUGACAAUCUAAUCACUGAAUGAGGUGAUCUGAUGUAUUUCCAGUAUAAUGAACUGUAUUUCCUGUGGUGACAUUUACUGCUUAGAGAAGAACAUGAAGAUCUUAAAGAUGAUCUCUUUUAACGAUGGAGCUGAAUCCUGAAUGAGCGUUCGCAUUAUUAAGUUAGUGGACCAGAAUGUUUCUAUCUUAAAGAUGUUAUUGACACAGUUUUGUCUGUUUUACCAGAAGAAGAGACAGUUUUUCAGCAUCUCUGCUGCUGAUUUGUCGUCGUCUGAUGGAGAAAAUGAACUCGAUGGGAACCCUGGAUGUGUGGUUGAACCCGGCCAGCUUCACCACUCUAUUCCCAAGAUUAUUCAUGCCACUUUCAGCUAAAUUGUCUCUGAAAUUCCCGCUUGUUUGCAUUGAUUUGUGCUCGUCACGUCAUGUAAACAACUAUUUACAGAAGUUAAAAGGUGGUUUUCUACACGAAGAGGUGGAGACACACGGAGAAAACGAGGAGGUGGAGGAUGAGGAAGAGGAAGGGGCAGUGAGCAGGAGCUCCCCCGCUGGUGGGGGAGGUCACGUUGGUGGGCGCUGUGGUGUUGGUGUUGGUGUUGGAAGAUAAGAAGCCCACCGUCUGAGACAGAAAGCUCUGGAAGCGGCUCAGUUUGACCAAGACCUUCACUGAUGAUACUCGUGUUUGACUGGUGGCGUUUUCAGAUGAUAACACUGCUGCCUGGAACCAGGACCCGUCCAGCUUACACAUCAUCGGACCUCCAGAGUCACCCUAAACACACACACACACACACACGUUCAACAUUAGCUUGACAAGAAAGUGAAAGCAUAAAAGAUUUUUGGGGGCAUUUUUAAUGUCUUUAUUUGAUAGAGGAGAGACGGGAAACGUAGUACAUACGGAUGUGUCCUAAAGCUGCAUUCUCUCUAGUGUGCACCAGGGGGCGACUCCUCUGGUUGUAUAGAAGUCUAUGAG